AUGUUAAACGAUAGCACGCCAUCCGAAACAUUAAUAUUAUUCUCUAAGUUCGGUAUAAAGGAUUGGAGUUAUAGUAUUCAGCUAAAUCGUUGGUUCUUAAAGCCAAUAGGAGCAUGGCCUCUCUCGUUAAGUGUUACUUUCAUAGAUAAAAUAAUUUCUAUCUGUUUGACGACUAUUAGUAGCUGUUUGAUAGGAUUCCUGCUCGUUCCGUGUGCUCUCUGCACGUUCCUCGAUCGAGGUGAUCUCGAUGCAAAAAUCAAAAUGAUUGGUCCUUUGAGUUUCUGUGUUAUGGCUGCCAUCAAAUAUUACAUCCUGAUAUCCCGAGGAGAGGCUAUAACAAGAUGUAUCCAACAUAUUUGUAUAGACUGGGAACGUGCCUCGAAUUAUUACAAAGACCGUAAGAUCGUUGUCGAGAAUGCAGAGUUUGGUCGAUCUUUGGUCAUUUCCUGUGCAGUCUUCAUGUACGGUGGUGGCUUCUUUUACUGCACUGUGAUGCCGCUCUGUGCUAGAAGAAUGGAGAUCAUUGAUAACGAAACGAUAAGAGCACCAUCUUUUCCGAUCUAUCGAAAGCUUAUCGAUCCACGGACCAGUCCAUAUUUCGAGAUAGUCCAGUUUUUGCAAUGUUUAGCUGGCUACGUCGUCUAUUCCGUUACGAUAAGUGCUUGCAGUCUAGCUGCGGUUUUCGUCAUGCACGCUUGUGGACAGUUUCAAAUUCUAAUGUCUAAAUUGGACGAUCUCGUUCUCGGUGAAAGACAAACAAAUAAUCUUGAUUCUUCAGACAAACGGAUGGGAGACAUCGUAAAGUAUCAUUUACGAAUAUUCGAUUUUAUAUCUUGGAUCGAACAGCUCUUCAAUGAGAUAUGUUUCGUAGAAUUAGUGGGAUGUACAUUAAAUAUAUGCUUUUUGGGAUAUUACCUUAUGACGGAAUGGGAACGUAACGAAACAAUAGGAACAUUGACGUAUUGUACCUUACUUGUGUCUUUUAUUUUUAACAUAUUUAUUCUGUGCUACAUUGGGGAACUUCUCGCUGAACAGUGUAAAAAUGUCGGCAAGACUUCCUAUAUGAUGGAUUGGUAUCGUUUACCAAAAAAGAAAGCACUUGAUCUUACACUCGUGAUCGCUGUUUCAAACGCUCCGUUAAAGUUGACAGCUGGAAAAUUAUUUGAAUUGUCUUUGGCUAGUUUUUGUAGCGCGAUGAAAUCAGCUUCAGCAUAUUUGAGCUUGUUACGUACUCUUACUAAUUAAUCUAUU